AUGGGCUUGCCGGAACAGGUCGAGAAGCUGGAGCUUCCGGCGAUGCCGGCUUCUGACUUUUGGACUGAGACUCAAUGGACCGUCCUCUUCUCCUUGCUCGAGGCCGUGUUGCCGUCCAUUUCGCGGCCCGCCACCUCCUCAGACGACACGAACCACGUCCGAGUGUCCGAGGCCGAAUAUGCCCAGGCCCUCCAGCUCAUCCAGAACACCAUGAAGAACCCCCCGUCAGAGGAAAAGUUUCAGGAGUAUCUGGCACACUGUCCCUCAAAGGAACCCAAGUUCGUCGAGAGCGUCAAGAGAACCCUGGCUGCGCUGCCUGGUGCCGCCCAGCGCACCCUGGGUGGUGCCAUGGGCACGUUGGCAACUCGUACUGGUACCCUGUUCCUCACGGGCUACUGGACCCCGGUUCACUUGCAACCGGUCUCCGUUCGUGAGAAGAUGCUCCAGGGGUGGCAGACGUCCCGAGUCCCGACCAUCCGCGUGUUGUCAAAGUCACUAAGUCUACUGGCCCAGAAGUGCGCUGUGCAGACCAGUCCCUUGUUCAGGGAAUUGACCGACUACACCGAUAUGCCGGACUUCCAGACGCACGGGGAGGGCUUCGACUUCAAGUUCAUGCAGUUCGAGUCAUCCGGAUCACCCGCCGUCGUUGAGACCGACGUCGUUAUCGUAGGAUCUGGCUGUGGUGGCGCCGUCGCUGCCAAGGUCCUGGCCGAGGCGGGCCACAAGGUCCUUGUCGUCGACAAGUCGUACUACUUUCCCCCGUCUCAGCUGCCCAUGAGUCAAGACGCAGGAUGCCAGUAUCUUUACGAGAACGGCGGUUUCAUCACCAGCGACGACAACUGCCUCAACAUGGUCGCCGGAAGCUGCUGGGGCGGCGGCGGAACCGUCAACUGGAGUGUGAGUCUCCAGACCCAGGGCUUCGUGAGGAAGGAGUGGUCAGAGCAACGCGGCCUGCCCUUUUUCACGUCGCCUCAGUUCCAGAACUCGCUCGACAAGGUGUGCGACUUUAUGGGUGUGAGCGCCGACAAGGUCCGUCACAACCACCGCAACAAGGUCCUCCUCGACGGGUCCCGGAAGCUCGGCUGGCACGCCGCCACGGCCCCGCAGAACACGGGCGGAACGGAGCACUACUGUGGUCAGUGCCAUCUCGGUUGUGGAUCGACGGAGAAGCAGGGCCCCACCGUCAGCUGGUUGCCGGCCGCCGCGGGCUCGGGUGCCAAGUUCAUCGAGGGAUUCGAGGUUGAGAAGGUCACCUUUGACGAGUCCACGGGCUCGAAGCGCGCCACAGGUGUCGUUGGCAAGUGGGUUUCCAGAGAUGCCAACGGUAAAGUGAGCACGCCAGUGGAGGAGAGAACUACGAGGCAGGUGGUCGUCAAGGCUAAGAAGGUCAUCGUGUCUUCCGGCUCCGUGUCCACUCCUCUGGUGCUGCUGAGGAGUGGCUUGACUAACCGACACAUUGGAAACAAUCUUUAUGUCCAUCCCUGCAACUUCGUCGGAGGCUACUGGAAGGAGGAUGCGAAGCCAUGGGAGGGUGGCAUCAUCACCAGCUACUGCACAACGUUUGAAGACCUCGACAAGGCAGGCCACGGCGUGAAGCUCGAACCAACCUGCAUGAUUCCCUACGCCAUUCUCACCGGAAUGCCCUGGCAAAACGGCCUCGCCGCGAAGCUCGCACAGCUCCGCUUCCGCCACUUCGGCGCCUUCAUCUCCCUCACCCGCGACCGCGACACCGGCCGCGUCUACCCGGACCCCAUCACGGGCCGGCCGCGCGUCGACUACGUCGUCUCCGACUUUGACCGCGCCAACACCCUCGAGGGCGUCAUCGCGCUCGCCAAGAUCUGCUACGUCGAGGGGGCCUCCGAGAUCCACGCCUCCCUGCCCGGCCUCAAGCCCUUCGUCAAGGAGGACCACGCCGAGCCGCCCGAGAAGUCGAUGGCCGACCUGUCAUCCUCGCAGCACGAGAACGGCCUGGAUCACGACGGCACGCUCGACGGCGUCAACGACCCCGCGUUCAACGCCUGGCUGGCGGAGGUCAGGAAGGUCGGCAACGCGCCGCCCGUCGCCAUCUUCUCGUCCGCGCACCAGAUGGGUACGUGCCGCAUGGCGCCCAACGAGGACGAGGGCGUCGUCGGGCCCAAGGGCCACGUCUGGGGCACGGAGAACCUGUUCGUGGCGGACGCGAGCGUGUUCCCGAGCGCCAGCGGCGUGAACCCCAUGAUUACCAACAUGGCCAUCGCGGACUGGAUCGCGGGGGCGGUCUCGAAGGAGAUGAAGACUGAGGCCUGA